AUGGUAUUAUUCUGUGGCAGGCUGACCAGCUUCGGGGAGGAAGCAACAGUACCAACCUACGAGGCUGCUCUAGACCGUGUCCGGAAGGAGUCCUACGCAUUCAUAGGAGACUAUGUGGUGCUAGACUACUACCAGAAGAAGGACUGUAAUUUGGUCCUUCUUAAGGAACAGCUGUUCCAGUCUAUGAGUUCUAUCGUCCUGCCUCAUCACUCCCAGCUACUGCCCGCCAUCAACCAUUACCUGGCAGUGAUGAGUGAGACUGGUGUACUAGACAAGCUUCGUGAACGAUGGUGGCGCGCACAGUCCUGCCCAGACGAGGAUACACUGACAUCCUAUGACAGUGUUGACCUGUGGGAGGUGUGUUCUGCUAUGAUAUUAAUGGCUACUGGAGUGGCCAUAUCCCUGUUGGUGUGCUUCCUGGAGUACGCUGGGCCUCGCUUCCUCACCAUUACUAGCACCAACACAGCUAGCAGAAAUGCCUACACCAACACUCACUCCAACACUAACAUCACAAGUCACUCACCUUCCUCACUCACUACCUCUAAGCUGUACUUUAGAUAAGACCGAGGAUGUAUGGAGACUUCACAAGUGUGUUCGCAAGUAUCAGUUUUGGAACCUGUAUUGUCCAUGAUCUACAUUAAUGACCUCGGUCAAAGCAUUAAAAGGACGAGAGUAAAUUCACUGACAACACAAAAGUAUGUCGAGUAAGGAAUUCGAUGGAGGAUACCGGAUAUAGCACAAUUUCAGAAUUUGAACAAAUUCAAGUUAUGGCCGGAAAAAUAGUAAAUACAAUAUUGUCAGUUUUUAAAACUGCCAAGUCUUUAUAUCCAGGAAUGAAAAUAACUAGAUAUUAUAACUUAGCGCUUGAUCACAUAAAAUAUGUAAAUGAUUUACAGUGAAUUACAAUAACAGCCUAUUCUGGGAUCUUAGUGACCACAACAAGUGCCUCUGGGUACCAGAUAUCUUCAUGCAGCUGAAAUUUAAACAUAUUGUAACAUUAACAUCGCAUUAGGUGUUUAAUUUAUACAUACAUUGAAUGUUAAUUAAUGUUAA